AUGUGGCAGGAAAGUUUCCCAAUUCAGCUUAUGGUACUGGGAGCUCUUCGUUAUCUUGGCAGAGGCUUGACAUUUGAUGAUCUCGAGGAUUUUACAGCAAUAAAUGAGGAGAUACAUCGGCAGUUCUUCCAUGUUUUCAUCCAAUUUGGAUCAAGCGAUCUCUUCCAGGAAUACGUUGCCCAUCCUGUUAACGCAGAGCAAUACCGGACACAUCAACAUGAAUUCAAUAUGGGUGGACUGCAUGGUGCUGGAUGGUCAAGUGACGCAACAAAUGUCAUUAUGUGGCGCUGCACCCACAACUUGAAACAAGCAAAUACAGGUUUUAAACAGAGUUAUCCUGCACGAUCAUACAAUCUGACCUGUAAUCACAGGCAACAAAUCCUACAUACUACGAAAGGUCACCCCUCUCGGUGGAAUGACAAGAUCUUGGCUUACCACGACGAGUUUCUGUACAGCUUGAGGAAAGGUGACAUCUUACAAGAUGCGAAAUUUACCCUGUUGUCGUGGUGCAAUCAGAUUGGCGGUCCUGUAAAAGAAUCACGGUAUUGUGGCUCUUGGGGACUUGUGGACAAGAAUGGGUACCACCAAUGGUCGUGCACUCAAGCACCAGGCAAAGCAGACUUGACUCUUCCUGAACGUCGCCUUUCGGAAUUCAUUGAGUCUUUUCAAAAAGAUGCAAAAUGUACCUUCGGUAUCCUCAAAGGGCGAUUUCGAAUUCUCAAGGCUGACAUUAGAUUGGAAGGUACCGAAGCAGCUGACAAUACUUGGCUCACCUGCUGCGCACUACACAAUUGGCUUCUUGACAUUGAUGGGCUAUCAUCUGAAUGGCAGAAUGGAGUGCAAAGUGAUUGGGAAGGAGAAUUAGGUGACAACGAAGCUGAGGGGUUUGCCGAGUAUGCCCCAUUCGCUGUUCAGAGGUUGCAACAGCCAGAGAUCGCUCAAUUUGGUAGCAGAGGAGAGCAUGAGAGGAGUAUGGCACGACCAGGUCUCCUGGUGCCGGAAGUAUCACAGGAAGAUGACUCUGCUGCAGGUGAUAAUGAUGACAACUUGAGUAUCACAUCAGAUGGGUUUGGUGAGACUGUCGACGAAGAUGGUGCAGUGUACAUAAACUCUCUGUUGUACAGAGAAUUUCGAUCGCUACUGGUGGAACACUUUGACAUAUUGUGGAGAUGUAGAGCAAUUGUCUGGCCUACUAGAAAUUAA